CCGAGCUUUUCGGGGGUGCAUCAAUUCGAAGUGCAAACCUUGACCUUUCUGGUCAUCGAAAGCUCGUAAGUGUUUCCCUUCUUCCUUCCCAUUGUUGUUGCCUGUAAAAGUGCACUUGGAAAGCUUGAACCCUUCGAACAAAACCAGAAAUAAAAAAAAUAUCGGGAAGUGUACCAAGGUUUGUUUUUUUGCGAUUCCCAGUGCGACUGGGAGGAGGUUGGAUUUGGUGUGAUUAAUUUUUUUGUGCUGGUUCCACUCGGGAACGGAGGAACAAGAAAAAGGCGAGGGUCAUGCUAGAGCUACAGCCCGAUCUCGGGGACGUGCAUCUCGCUCGGCCGGCAUCCGCUGCCACGACGCGGUCCGCGCUCGAGGCGAUCAAGAAGAAGUUUGAGCUAUCGGCCGCCGCAGCUGCCGCCGGCCGGGAGGCUUCGAGCGAGAAGUUUCUGCUGGAGAAGGGGCGCGAGACGAGCACCUGGCCGGUGGUGGUCCCGUCCACCGGCACUCCGGAUGCGAACGAGCCGCCCGUGAAGUUCAAUGUCGCCGGCGGAUUGGUUGAUUCCCGUGGCUGCGCCAAGCCAGCUAAAAAGUUCGGCGGAACUCGUAGCGAGUUCGUCGGCAAACUAAGGGCCCUCUGCGAGGCGGGCGGUGUAACCGGGCUCGCCGGAAGCGGUGGAGGAGGUACAGGCGGUGGUGCUGCGGGUGGUGGAGCGGAAAGCGAGAAGCGCAUCAGCAAGAGCACCGACGACAUCGCGGACAGUGACGAGCGCGACAUGACCAACACACAGCUAUGGUUCCGUGGCGUACGGCCAUCCAAGUUCCGGCACGUGUACGGCCUGCCGACGCGCAAGGAGUGCUGCUACACGGACAUCAGCGUCGUCCGGAGCGGCAACGAUGGCAACUUCUGCGCGGUCAACCCGACCUUCCUGGCGAUCGUGGCCGACACGACGUUCGUGGUCAUCCCGCUCGGCAUGACCGGCCGCAUCGACUUCCAGUGCUGCAAGGUGAUCGGGCACGCCGGCCAGAUACUCGAUCUCAAGUGGAACCCCUUCGACGACCACAUGAUUGCGUCUGCCUCGGACGACUGCACGAUUAAAAUUUGGAAAAUUCCCGAAGGAGGACUGGCGACCAACUUGACCAGCUUCGAGACGGAGCUGGUCGGGCAUAAGCGCAAGGUGCUGCAUGUCGAGUGGCACCCGACGGCGGCCAACGUGUUGCUGAGUGCCGGGUUUGACCAUACGGUUUGCGUGUGGGAUACGGCCGCUCCGGCACUGCUGAACGUCAUCGACUGCCACGUCGACAUGAUCUACAGUCUCGCGAUCAACCGGGAUGGAUCGAUGAUUGCGACCACCUCGAAGGAUAAGAAAUUGCGCGUGAUUGAACCACGGAGUGGUAUCGUCGUAUCGGAAGGUGUAUGUCACCUGGGAACCAAGUGCUCGAAGGCCGUGUUCCUCGACAACAAUCGUAUCCUGACGACGGGCUUCUCGCGCCACUCCGACCGCCAGUACGCCGUCUGGGAUCAGCACGACCUCCGGAAGCCGUUGGCACAGGAAGUGAUCGACAGCUCGAGCGGAAUCGUGACACCAUACUACGACUACGAUACGCGCAUGGUCUAUCUGGCCGGGAAGGGCGAUGGAAACAUCCGCUACUACGAGGUGGUGGACGAGCCGCCCUACGUGCACUACCUGAACCAGUUCCUCUCGGGACAGCCGCAGAAGGCGCUCGGGUUCAUGCCGAAGCGCGGUCUGAACGUAAACCAGUGCGAAGUGUUCCGCUUCUACAAGCUGCACGCGGCCGGCAACGUUUGCGAGCCGAUCGCGAUGAUCGUACCGCGCAAGUCCACCCUGUUCCAGAGCGAUCUCUACCCGGACACGGUCGCGAACGUGCCGGCAAUCGGGGCCAAGGAGUGGUUCCAGGGUCGCAACGUUCCACCGAUGAUGAUGUCGAUGCGCACUGGUGAGUCCAUUCCCGAUGUGGCCAGCAAUAAGUCGAACAAUCGCACAAGCAUCAACGCCACCAUUGAAACGACGAAAGUGCAGCGUACGAAUUCGAUGCAUUUCGCGAACGGCAACGGAAACACCGUUACGGCAACGAACGGUGCACACCAUGCCCUCAACAACAAUAACACCAACAACAGCAACAACAACAACAACAACGGCCCCGUCCAAAAUGGCACCAAGGAAAGUGGCGGCGGUCACUUGAGCAAUGGCAAUGGCAACAACAAUCUUCCGCUGAGCGCAAAACAUUCCAUCACCAACAAGGAGAACGAACAACAGCUCGACAACCGUAAGCUGGACAACAACACGAAAAAGUUUGCCUUCCUCUCGCAACCGACCAUCCCCGACUAUAGGCCACAAACGAUUAUCGAAAAGAGCCAGAAAACGUCCACCAACCAGAGUACAAAGUUCCACCAGCUGCAGGCCAUCUUCGGGCAGCAGACGACCAACCACAAGGAUAUCGCCAACCUGCAGAACAACCUGCUCAGCAACUCGCGCAGCAGCUCCCGCAACAGCUCGCUCGAGAACAUCAACCUGCUGAACUCGGAGAACGAGCUUCGAAAGGCGUUCAGCAAGCAGGCGGAAGAAAUCAAAAGCCUUCGCAAGUCGCUCAACGGCUCGGAAAAGCGGGUCCGCGAGCUCGAGGCGGAAGUGAAGCGAUUGCAGCAACAGCUCAAACAGCACCAGUAAAGAAGGUCCUAGCGGCGGAGGCGGUGUGUGUGUGUGUGUGCGGUGGCAUGGCAGAUGGCCGAUAGAGAUCGCGAUCGCGUAAGGAAAAACGUGCCGCCCACUUCCGCUUCCGGCCAAGCUUUUAUUGUCGCUUCGGAUACAUUGUGAUUGGGAUUGUGAUUCCGUUUUUGUUUGUUACGUAUCAUUUCAUUACGUUGCCGGUUUGAAAAGACAUGGAAGAGGAGGGCAGGAGUUUCGGAGGAGGCAAAAAGGCAUGGAAGGAUUUAGUUUAGCCAAGAGGGAAUACCCAACCACGGGUUAACGUACGCAUGUAUGUAUGUAUGUUUGCAUGGGUUUUUGUGUGCGUGUGUGUGUGUAUGUGUGCUGGUACGUGUGCAUAAAACGUAUGUAAGAAGCAGCGAAACAGGAAAGAAUGUAGUGUAAUACGCACAGCUCUAGUUGUAGUAAGGUGAAGCAGGCACGUAAAGUAAACGAAUUUUGCGACAGACGAGGGCGAAAGUUACCACUGGUGGUAGAAUGUGACUAAUUUAUCACGACGAGACCCGGUCCUCGAAAAACGCAAAAGAGGUCGGUGCACCGAACGAUUAAUCGUGUGUUCAAGAAAACGAAUGGAAAAGAACGAAGCAAGUACUGGAAGAAAUCUUGUGACGAAAGCGCAAUCGAAUGCACUUUUAUAGUGGUAGUCGACGAAGAAAAUAACAUGAUGAACCCCUCUGCAUGCUAUAGAGACGCAAAAGAACCUUUUUUCAAAAAAGCCAUUGAAUUGUGUCUGCUCUCCCACGUAAAACAAAAAAACAUAGACAUGUUGUACAACCAUAACCAUAAAACUAAACACGAAACAGUCCGAUAUUUGUACUAGACUUCUUGCUUUUACAAUGCGCGCAAGGAUUCGGGGCGGAAACAAAACUGGAAUUCGCAUCAGUCCACGUGCUAUCAUACACAUAAUUGCUUUACAACAUAAACGCAAGAGGAAAAAUGGCCAUCGAACGGCCUCUAAAGUAGCUUACGUAUGUAUAUGAAGAAAGUAAAUAUAUAUAUUUUUGUGUGCCUA